CGCGUGUGCGCGUGUGUGUGCGUGUAUUUCAGUGAAACUGGUCGCUGCUGUGUCUCCCCGGACGAAGAGGAUUCUCUUUAAAUAUCCGGAACGGGGACGCAUCUCCUCGACCAUUUUACCUGAUCGCCCCUGAACGCACCACCGACAUCUUGGCUGUUUUUUUUCCUUCUUCUUUUUGGGCUCAUUUCACAAACUCCGCUGUGGUUUUGUCCCCUCGCGCGGGGACCGGCGUGGACUCCUGCGGUGUUUGCCGGGAUGAUGGCCGAGCAUCUGUCCCGCAGCGAGCUGGACUACCCCUUCAAACUUCUGGAGUAUUUCAACGGCUUCAGGGUGUCGAAGGUGAUUUUCUCGGCCUGUGAGCUGGGGGUGUUUGACCUCCUGCUGAGGUCACCGGAGCCGAUGAGUGCGCGGCGUGUCGCCCGGGAGCUGAGCACCAGUGUGGACGGCACGGAGCGGCUACUGGACGCGCUGGUGGGCAUGGAGAUCCUGGAGGUGGAGACCUCAGACGGGGAAGCCGUGUACAGCAGCACCGACGUGGCCAACCUGUACCUGGCCAGAGGCAGCGGCAAGUCCCUCCACGACAUGAUCGUGUACCAGUCCCAGACCGUGUACCCGCUGUGGAACCACCUGGCCGACGCCGUCAGGGAGGGAAAGAACCAGAACGAAAAGACCUUCGGCCUCCCCCCGGAGGACAUCUUCCAGGCUGUGUACAGAUCCGAGGAGGAGAUGCUGAGGUUCAUGGGUCUGAUGAACUCCUCGUGGGUCCUGGACGGACACGACGUCGCGACGGCCUUCGACCUCUCCGGCUUCCAGAACAUCGUGGAUCUCGGAGGAUGCACCGGGGCUCUGGCCCGGGAGAUGGCGAAGGCGUACCCGUCCUCCUCCGUCACGGUGUUCGACCUCCCGCAGGUGGUGGAGACGGCGCUGAAACAUUUCCCCCAGGAGGACGCCGCCGUGGGGUUCCAGAGCGGAGAUUUCUUCAGCGGUGAAAUCCCUCCCGCUGACCUUUACGUUCUGGCCCGGAUCAUCCACGACUGGCCCGAGGAGAAGUGCCUCACGCUGCUGAAGAAGCUCUACGACACCUGCAAGCCAGGCGGCGGCGUCCUGCUGGUGGAGGCCAUGCUCUUUGAGAACAGACGAGGCCCCGUCACGGCUCAGAUCUUCUCCCUCAACAUGCUGGUGCAGAUGGAGGGUCGGGAGCGCCCGCCCUCCGGGUACACCGGCCUCCUCAACAGGACCGGCUUCCACGACGUGCAGGUGUGCCGGACCGGCAAGUCCUACGACGCCAUCCUGGCCUUCAGAUGAGCGUCGGAGGGGGGGGGGGGGGGGGGGGCGAGGCGGCCAUGUUGGGCGUUUCGAGGCCUUGACGUGGGACAUCGACGUAUAAGCUCCUUGGGGUUCAGUCUCGUAGAUUCACCGUGUGUGUCGUGGUCAUGUGAUCAUCCCCAGUGAGGUCAGUGUUACAGGUAAACUCGUCUUUCCCUGAGUCGCAUGCUUGUGCAUAUUUGUAGAGAUCAGAGUUCAAUUAUGACAUUAUUUUUCCCGCUGAAGUUAAAGAUUCUCAUUAUUUUCUCAUGUGUUGAGUUUUUGCUGAGACACCCAUUUUAGUUACAGCAUUGAUACAGUAUAUGAGGUUUAUUAGGUUAUUUUCAGAAAGUUUCUCAUUGUAAUAAUUCUCUCCUUUAUUAAUGUUUUUGAGGAUUCAGUAGCCAGAGAAGUAUUCCAAACCUUCAGUGAAUUCAGCAUAAACGUGUUGUUGUGACUGUGUCUUCACCGCGAUGUGUUCAGGUUCCCCCUCAAGCUGCGUGCAGGACAAACCUCAUAUUAUUGUUGUCGUUCUUCCACAAUUGAUCUUUUCCCCGUAUUUGGUCUGUUUGUUGUGAGAAAUUCUGUUUGAUGGGAAACCAUCGUAGGGUUAUUUAAAAAAAAAAGUUUUUUGUUUUUGCUUUUUUUGUUUGUUGCAUUUCCAGGACAACAGAAAUAGAUUUACAUAAUGUCAGCUCUAAAUAUGUAUGUUACUCAUUGAAUACAUGCUACAAUACAGUUUAAGUGUUUUGCUUGUGUCACAGAUGAGGUGUGAAUGUUAAAUAUAUCAACAUGUCUAAUGGAAACCUGAUGAAAAACUCUCCUUUUUAAGUCCUCUCAUGGUUCUGUUCUCUUGAUUUCAUAAUUACAUUAAAUCAAAGACACAAUGCUUAAA